GCCAGGUUGAACAGGUUGACCCAAUUCAAAUGCCUUGCUUGAAAGGGGAAUCCAGUGAUUCCCUAACUAAAAUUUCUUAACUAGAUUCCCUAGAUUCCCUAACUAAAAAUGGUUUCAAGGGGCAGGUGGAGGACAGGCAAGAGGGCAUCUUACCGGCAGUGUCGGUGUGGUGGUGGCAGCUCCUCAGCCACAGUGGCACAUGUGCGAAGGCCAUUUUCAUGAUCUCUGUGCAUGUGCAGAGGCCACUGACAUCACCACACAAUCGUUUUAAAAGGGAUUUGAACUCUGUACUCUGUUCAAGUUCGAACUGGUCAAACUGGGCCAGUUUGAAUCGAACCAGGUGAGAUCCAAACUGGUUCUGCAUCCCACUACAGUGCCUUUUUAAAAGUUGCCAGACACUGCUGGUUAGCAAGACACAAGCAACAUGCAGCAGCAGCAACAACAGGGUUCUUUGGAACAGCACUCUACAGCUCCUGGCUGCUUCUUUGAAACCUGUGGGAUGAAGGACCUAAUGAGUUCCAAUGGGAUCUGUACCCAAGGUUUGAAAUCCACACAACGUUUUGUAUCCAAACUGGACAGAAAAAGGCAGAUGCAAAGGGGAACUUUGGGCCCACACACAUCUUCCCACGCCGCCAUGUACAGAAGCAGCUACCUGCGUGAAGUUCGCAAGGAGAAGUAUGAAAGGUCUGGUGCUUACGAAGAACUGCCAGAAUCGCCUGAAUUUGGCAGUCUGGCUCAAGCCCAAGGCCUGGAAAACCUGCAGGAGCUCAAUGAGCGGUUUGCUAACUACAUCAAUCGAGCUCGGGUCCUCGAGCAACGUAACGCCAUCUUCCGCAAGCAGCUCGAGACGUUCCAGCGCAUGGAUGAGCUGGCCGGAUUAGAAGAGGCCUUUGCUGCCCAGAUUGAUCUCAACCGCCAACGUGUUCGUGAGCUGGCCACAGACCGAUCGAAGCUGGAACGGGAAGAAAAAGACGCACGGCGCAUGCUGGAUGAAUUCCGUAACAAGUACAGAAAUGAAUGUGAAUAUCAGCAGAUGCUGAAAACUACUCUUGAACGUCUUAAUAAGGAAGCCGAUGAAGCUUUGUUGUGUAAUUUGGAGCUACAGAUUGAAUCACAGUUCUUGCAGGAUGAUGUUGACGCCACAAAGGACAGAUACAGGAAGAACCUCAUGGAGAUACAGACCUAUGUCAGCAUUUUACAGCAGAUCAUGCAAACAACCCCCCGGGUGUCCGCCAUCUCAGCUGGAGCCAGUGAGGAGAAACUGAUAACUGAGAGGAGGAUACCAAUUCUGCAGAGCCAGUUAGAAGAAUACAAGAGCAUCCUUUGCCAGCUUCAGACUCAGAAAGUUAAACUGCAGACAGAGACAACAAUGCUGGAACAGGCUAUUAAGAAUACCCAGGAGAGCUAUGAUGAUGAGAUUCAGCUAUAUAAUGAGCAGAUUGAGACUCUGAGGAAGGGCAUAGAAGAUGCUGAAAGGACCCUGGAAAAAUACACCACCGACUGCCGCCAGCUCUCCAUUUAUAAGCAGUCCCUGGAGAACGAACUGGAGCGCUACAAACGUAUUAUUGAAAACGAGGACAGCAGGUUGAAUUCUGCCAUUGUUGGAACUCCUGUGACCUUUUUUACACAGACCUACAGACCUUCACAGACUCCAGCUCUGAGAGGCAGAGACAUUACACUGGUCAUACAAGACAUUGCUAGUGCAAAGCCAAGACAACGAAGUCUGCCAAAGAAAAUUUCAAAGAGGAAGGAGAUCACACCUAAAGACCUCACCAAUGGUGCCUCAUCAGAAAAAACAUAUGACCGACCUCUGGAAAGCUUUGACCAGGAUCAGCUGGAUUUCAAACAAGAAGGGUCAGUGAUCACAAGUGAACAUGGACAAGAAGAGGUAGAAGAAAUGGAGCAAGAGAAAGCUGCAGAGGAUGUGCCUGAUGGAGCCCAGAUAAGCAAAGCUUUUGACAAACUAUGCAAUAUAGUGAGAGAGAGAAUCAGAUGCUACCAGAGACCAGAACCCAAAACUGACUUCUAUACUAAAGGGCACUAUGUGCUUGUCACAGGGAAGGGAAGCUAUGAUGACCCCUGCUUCCGCUCUUCCAUCAUUCCUUCGGGAGGCAGGAUCACGGUUUCUGAUAGUGAAGGGAAGAUUUUGAGUGGCAUUGGUGUAGAACCAAUACCAGAGUUGCCAGAACCACUGGAAAGCGACAAAAGUGAACUGGAAGCCCCUGAAACACAAGAGGGGCCCAAGGUUCAGGAAGAGGUGAAAUACGAGGACAAACUAGAAGACAAGGAGAAGGAAGUUGCAUUUGAGCCAUGGAAGAAGCCUGAAGAAGAAGCUGAAGAGCCCACAAAACAGCCAGAUGUUGCGGAACCUGAACCAGUUCCCAUGCCUGGUGAGGGUGGCCAAACUGAAGCAGGAAUAUAUGUAGGCAAAGAGUAUGAUAGGCAAGGAGAUCUUUCUUUCAAAGAACUGGCCCCACCAAGUACCAUGAGUUAUGAAAAGGUGGAAGUGGUGGAAUCCAUUGAGAAAUUCUCAGAUGACAAAAUUCAAACAUAUGAAGAAACUGCUAUGAUUGUGGAGACCAUGAUUGAGAAAACCAGCAAGAAGAAGCUGGGAGACAAAACCUGUUAAUAGGCAUCUUUGGACAGCCAGUUUGCCCAGCACAGUCGCUAGUAUUGUGAUCCUCAAGACAUUUUAUUCUAAUAAUAUCACUAAUAAGCUCAUUGGAACUGUUCCAGGGUGAGUGGUUGAGGACUGUAGACUAAAGGAUAUACUUUGCUUGAUUUCUUCUUCUUUUUAUCUUCUGAUGGAAUGAUAACAAUAGUAUGUUUUGUUGCUUGGCAUGAAGCUCACUUUGUCUGUUAAUAGCAAAAUAAUGCAUAAUGCUUUCAUUUUUUGAGAUCUUAGACACAAUUCACAUGUUACUUCCUAUGGUGAGGCUGCUGCUCCCACAUACCAUGAAUCCACACCAUGAUGGUAAUACUUGCAAGCCCAAAUAUACAUGUUUACUUCCCAUACCAGCACCAUGGUAACAACUGAAGUAAUGACAGUAGAAGACAGCCACACUGCAGAACAUAAUUGAUUAGCUGGUUCUAAAGUAAGUGGGUUACUUACCCCUGACCGCCUGCCAAGUCCUCAAUAUUAAUUUGGAAUGAAGCUUACUAAUUUCAAUAGAACAUAGCUUCAGAUUAAGUUGUCCUGAUCCAGCAAGGGAGAACUUUGUGCAGUGGAUGUGCAUUGAGAAACCCAUCUGGUCUCCACUGAAGUUGAUGGAUGCAGGAGGUUGAUGGGGUGCAGCUGAGGAAGCACAUCUCCUUCUGGGGUCACUAGUCUUAUGCAACAAAACAUGACUUGAGCUGGAUUGGGGCCAGUGUGCUUGAUGUCACAGCAUUUAUGAUUUAGUUGUGUCCAAUGUUAUUAUUAGAACUAAUUACCUUACCUACUGAAGUGACUAUAUAAUAUAUUGGACAAUACUGAUACCUGUAUCUUUAAUGACGUUCUAGUUAUAAAUGUUAACUGGUGACAUAUGGUUGGUUUUCAUUUAAUAAAAGUUUUGUCUUCCAUAGAAAGUAUUUUUCAGAGGAUGGAUGUUGGUAUUUUCAGUUCCAGAAAGUAGAAUAUUAGAAACUGGCAUGGAACUGCAAUCAGCGAUUAAUUCUUAAUUCUGUUUAAUCCUUGG